AUGUAUCCUUCAUCGCUCCUCCUUGCCGCCUUACCAUACCUGAUAUUAGCAUUGCCGCGCGACAAGAAUCGACUGGCAAAACGCGACAGCACUCUGAUUCCGACAACAUGUUUCGACUCCACCUCGUCGCUUACAGAAUAUUUCAACUACAACUACCCAUGGGGCGACACCCACAGCGGUGCCGCGAUUAUGCAAAGCUCCAACGCGGUGAUCUCGACCGUGGGGACCCUGACUCUGAAUGCGACGUACACCGGAAACUCAGACUACGCCUAUGUUUACGGAACUGUCUACGCGAAACAACAGUUUACCGUCGAAACAUCAGGUGGCUUGGACUUCUCCGCCGACUUCAUCGCUCCGGUCGAAACGGGCACAUGGCCUGCUUUCUGGCUGAAUGGCGUGAACUCGUGGCCUCCGGAGGUUGAUAUCGCUGAGUGGAAAGGCACUGGGGAUAUCAGUUUUAACACCAACACCUCGAGUGAAGUAACAGCGGAUGAUGUUGUCUACCCCAAUCCAACAGACUUCCACACGAUCCCUGCGGAGCUGCGUGAUGCGAAUGGAAGCGAUGUGCGCAUUAGCUUCUACCUUGACCGGACGCUCAUUACUACCCAAUACGCUGCGGGACUCGUUGGGCAGCCUUUAAACCUGAUCAUUGAUUUACAGAUGGAAGGAAGCAGUGGCAGCACAGGACCUACAGGAAAUAGCGAAUCUAGAGGUGCUGGACAAGAACUCCUGAUCGAAUCUUCGAGUGCCAUCAUUCUUGCUUCGAGUUCGGCGAACUCAAUUUUGACCAAGGCCUAA